AUGAAGUCUGACUUUGAAAAGCUCACAGAUCGUUUGAAGACAGCUAUGAGUUCUUUCUUAGAAGGUGCCAAAUAUCGCCCUGAUUAUUCUGUGAUCAUAGAGACGGACUUUGAGCACGAAAAGUACAGAACCAAGUUGGAUGACAGAAAUCACAACAUGAGCUUCUCUAACGACUUCACCGACAUAUUCGACACCAAAACUUGUGAGGAAGUGCAGGCAGAGUUAGAAGCUGCAAUCCGAGAUGCAGCCGACAGAAAAAUGUGCUGCCAGGUGAUAUACCCCCCAGAUCUGGUCUCUCGUGUGGCACAGGAUGUUCUCCGCAUGUCUACAGCAGAACCCUGUGGCAUCGAUGGUUGUGUCAUCUACAUAAUGCUCAAAGAAAAGGACAGAUCUUACCCACUUGCGACUGUAUUAGGCAAUCCCUCAACACCACCUACAUUUGAAAUCCACCUGACACUCAGAGAAGAUGAUAAAAGUUGGAGAAAAUUCCAGAAAUUGUACUAUACAAUCAAAGGUUGCAUUCUUAACUCUCAGUGGAAGUCUAUACCUAGGAUUCUAUGUUCUGCUUAUCAGUUGGAAAAGAGAAGACUGUACCGUCGUUCUGUAUGA